AAUUACAUCCACCUCUUUCUUGAAAAAAUAAAAAAUAAAUAAUAAAAAUGCUCGCCAUUCGCUCUAGAAAGGCUUUAGUGAGCUUAUUCUUCACGGUUCUUCCCUUGGUUUCAUUGGUCCUCGAUCCUAUAAAUGCUCAGGGCACGACAACCGAGGCUAUCGACAAGACAGUAUUGCUGAACUUGCGUGCUGCUAUCCAGAAGCUCAACACAGAAGCUGGUGUCCCUGGUAUGUCCGUUGGUGUUCUUCAUAAAGGCCAAGUCAUCUUUGCUGAAGGGUUCGGAACACGUAACGGAAAAGAUCCCUUCGAGGCCGAGACAUUGUCUCCCAUUGGGUCGCUUACGAAAUCAUUCACUGCUGCUGCCAUCGGUGAGGUAGUUGCGGAAGGAAAGAUGGAUUGGGAUACCACACCUGUGUCAAAGUACCUUCCUGAAUUUGAAUUAAGUGAUCCUACUCUCACCUCAGAGCUCACUUUGGUUGAUUUGCUAUCUCAUCGAACUGGUCUACCCAGACAUGAUUGGGCCUGGUUCAUGGCCAAUACCACCACUCUUGAGUUGAUCAAGAAUGUCAAACAUGUCCAUAUCAACCGUAAAUUAAAGUCAAAGAUGGUUUACAACAACUUCAUGUAUGGCGUCGCUGGUGAGGCUUCUUCCAGGGUAGCAGGAACCACUUGGGAGAAACUGGUGGAUAACAAGAUCGUCCAGCGAAUGGGCCUCAAGAACACUGGGUAUAACCAGAUGCAAAUGAAGAGGCGUUCCGACAACCAUGCAGUUCCCAUGAUCGCAGCCUCAUUUGAAGAUGCAGUGCAACGUCGAUUUGUACCAGCUGAACUGGACCAAGUGGGUAUACCGCUAGCGGCAGCAGGUGACAUGUUCUCCAAUGUGUUCGAUAUGAUGAAGUGGGGUCAGACGAUUAUGAACAAUGGGGAGCUGGAUGGGAAGCAGAUCUUGAAUAAGGAAAGUGUUCAAGAGCUGCUGACAGCUCGUACGGUUGCUAAAGGAACCAGAAGCCCCCCUGCCUCUGGCCAAGGGCCGGCCUUGAUGUAUGGCAUGGGUUGGCUUAUUGGCAGUUACAAGGGCAAAAACUUCGUCAGCCAUGGUGGUGACUACAUGGACUUUUCCUCACAACUUUUCAUAUUCCCGGAUGAUGACUUGGUGGUCGCAUUAUUGCAGAAUUCUUUUUACUCGCCCCUUUUAGAAAAAGUUGCAUACCACAUUGCGGAUGAAAUUCUUGGCCUCCCCAAGACAAUGGACUGGUUGGCUGAAUAUGCCAAUACUAGGAAGCAAGUGUUUGAAUUCGUGGCGAGUCGAAAUCGAGGUGAGGGUCUUCCGCCUCAAGUGAAGAACAAAGGGCCCUCUCAUGAUAUAACUGAUUAUGUAGGUCAGUACAACCAUCCUCUUUAUGGCGAUUUCAAUGUCCGUUUGAACGACCAUUCAGAUGGGCAGCAAGAGUCAACCUCCUCCCUCCAUUUGCAAUAUCAUCUGGCUGAGAGUAAACUGGAACAUUACCAUUACGACACUUUCAAGGCAUCCUUCCAAGACAGUGGAGCGACAGUAUUCGUUCUAUUGAACUAUGAACAUGAUGAAACUGGAAAAAUCACAGGAAUCCAAACCAAUUUUUCGGACGGAAACAUCCUGUUCAAAAAAGUAGAGCAGCCAGUCCACCAAAAAAAGGAGCUUGAAGCGCUUUCCGAAUUACACCUUAAUCAACAGUUCUAAAAAAAUAAAAAUAAAACAAGAUUAUCCAGCCUGGCUGUUGAACAUACAAAAUAAAAUAGCGACUUUCAAUGCUUCAUAGGCAAUUAUGGCCAUUAUGGUAUGAACGACC